UUAACUUGUCAUCAUUCAGUUUUCUUAUUCUAAACGAUCAAGUCGUGUGUGUAGUGUUUAAUUUUCGUUUUGUACAAAACCAAAAGUAAAAAAAUUAUCUCCAAAAUGAAGAUGAUCAUUGUGUUCGCCGCUAUCGUUGCAUGCGCUCUCGCUGCACCAGUUGAUGACCCAAAAGACGCAACUGUGUUAAAAUACGAAAAUGAUAACAUUGGCGUUGAUGGAUAUAAAUUUGCUUACGAAACAAGCAACGGCAUUUCACGGUCAGAACAAGCUGAACUCAAGAACAUUGGAACUGAGCAAGAAGCAUUGAAUGUUCAAGGAAGUGUAACAUGGACCGCUCCCGAUGGCCAAGUAUUCACAAUCAACUUUGUUGCUGAUGAAAAUGGUUACCGACCAGAAGGUGCCCACAUACCAAAGGCUUAAUUUUGUUUAGCAAUUUAUUGAUUUGUUAUUCAGUUAAUUAGAUGAAAUUAAAUAAUUUAUUAAAAUCU